UCGCGGCGGGGCGGGUGCGGGGUGCUGGCGGUGCGGGGCGCGCAGCUUCCCUGGACAGCGCGCUGCUGGAGGCUGCCAUGCCCUCCCUGUGGAGAGACGUGCUCCUGGAGACCCUGCUGGGAUAUGUUUCUUGGUCUCUCUGCCAUGACCUGGGACCGAUGAUCUAUUACUUCCCGCUGCAAACACUGCAACUCACUGGGCUUGAAGCUUUUGCCACAGCGUUUCUUUCUCCAGUGUUCCUCACAAUUGCUCCUUUCUGGAAGCUGGUUAACAAGAAGUGGACGCUAGCCCUGCUGCGGAUAAUUACCCUUGGCGGCAUAGCCUCCUUCCAGGCUCCAAAUGCCACACUUCGGCUCGCGGUCCUUUCUCUUGGCCUGUCUUCCUCGCUGGUGGUGCAAGCUGUGACAUGGUGGACAGGAAGUGGUGUGCAAAGGUACCUCAGAGUCUGGGGAUUCAUUUUAGGACAGAUUCUUCUUCUUGUUCUCCGCAUUUGGUACACUUCACUGAACCCAAUCUGGGUUUAUCCCAUGGCCAACAGAAUGAUACUGACGUUAAGUGCCAUAGCCACCAUGGAUCGCAUUUAUUCGGACAGUGACUGCCGUCAGCCUGAGGGCAAGAAGACUGAUGAGGCAGCCAAGGCCAUGGCUUCUCGGCCGAACUGGGUGUUGGCAGGGGCUGCCUUCGGCAGUCUCACGUUCCUCACCCACUGGGUUUUUGGAGAAGUGUCCCUUGUUUCCAGAUGGGCGGUGAGCGGGCAUCCCCAUCCGGGACCAGAUCCUAACCCAUUUGGAGGUGCAGUUCUGCUGAGCUUGGCAAGUGGAUUGAUGCUUUCACCGUGUUCGUGGUUUCCUGGUUCCAGUUUCGCUUGGUGGAUUACAGGAGCAACCUCAGCUGCGGGUCUGCUUUAUCUGCCCACGUGGGCAGCCGCUGUCUCUGGCUGUGUGCUCGCUGUCUUCACGGCAUCCGUGUGGCCUCAGGUGCUUGGACACCUUAUUAGCUCAGGGUCAAGCCCUGGGAAAGCCAUGACCACUGCUAUGAUAUUUUAUCUUCUAGAAAUAUUCUUCUGUGCUUGGUGCACAGCUUUUAAAUUUGUCCCAGGAGGUGUGUAUGCUAGAGAAAGAUCUGAUGUGCUUUUGGGGGCAGUGAUGCUAAUUAUUGGGCUGGAUAUGUUAUUUGGUCCUAAGAAAAGCCUUGACUCUCUUCUUCAAACAAAAAACAGUCCUAAGGUGCUUUUCAGAAAGAGUGAAAAAUAUGCGAAACUUUUUUUGUGGCUGCUUGUUGGCGUGGGGUUGUUGGGAUUAGGACUGCGGCUUAAAGCCUACGAGAAGAAAUUGGGCAAAGGGGCACCAGCCACAGAGGUCUCUGCCGCCAUCUGGCCUUUCAGAUUUGGCUUCGACAAUGACGGAUGGUCUAAUCUAGAAAGAUCAGCUCAACUGCUCAAUCAAACAGGUGCAGAUUUCAUAACCAUUUUGGAGAGCGAUGCGUCUAAGCCCUAUAUUGGGAACAAUGACUUGACUAUGUGGUUAGGAGAGAAGUUGGGUUUUUAUACUGACUUUGGCCCAAGCGCAAGGGACCACACUUGGGGAAUUAUGGUUUUGUCAAGAUACCCGAUUGUGAAAUCAGAGCAUCACCUUCUUCCGUCACCAGAGGGCGAGAUUGCACCAGCCAUCACGCUGACUGUCACCAUUUCCAACAGACUGGUGGACUUUGUCGUGACCCAUUUUGGGAAUGACGAAGAUGACCUCGACAGAAAACUUCAAGCUAUUGCCGUCUCAAAACUACUGAAAAAUAGUUCUGAGCAAGUGAUAUUUCUGGGAUACAUCACUUCAAAACCUGGUUCCAGAGAUUAUCGACAGCUCAUUGAACAUGGCAAUGUGAAGGAUAUCGACAGCACAGACCGAGACAGAUGGUGUGAAUAUAUUAUGUACCGAGGGCUGAUCAGACUGGGUUAUGCAAGAAUCUCCCGUGCUGAACUGAGUGACUCUGAAAUUCAGAUGGCCAAAUUUAGGAUCCCUGAUGACCCCAUUAAUUAUAGGGACAACCAGAAGGUGGUCACAGACCACAGGAAAGUUCCUGAGAAAAUUCACUUCAAUCCCAGUACGUGCAGGUACCCAUCAGCAUCCUUCCCUGAGCCACGAUGGCGUCACGUCUCUUCCCCGAAUUCACCUCCCUCCGGGCUGUACACGACACGCUCUGUUGAUGUCUCCAGUCAGGCCACCCGCUGGCAGGAAGCACACCUCUGCACACAGAGAAGUCCCCCAGAGGGACUUUCCUUUCCUGGCACCACACAGGUAGGUGAUGGGAAGAAAUCAGCCCAACAGCAGGGUCUCUGCAGGGAAUGGGGAUUCGAAUGUUGUUCAGGGCGGCACACAUUAGAUUGUAGAAUUGGAAAGGGCCCUGAAUGUCCUUCUGUCUUUGGGGGCAGAGAUAAACAUAAGAGAAUUGGGAGUUCCCAUUGUAGCUCAGUGGGUUAAGAAACCGACUAGUACCCAUGAGGAUGCAGGUUCGAUCCCUGGCCUUGCUUGGUGGGUUAAAGGAUCCUGCGUUGCUGUGACUGUGGCAUAGGUCAGCAGCUGCAGCUCUGGGAACUUCCAUAUGCCACGGGUGCAGCCCUAAAAAGACAAAAAAAAAAAAAAAAAAAAAAUCGUAAGAGAAUUUCCAAAGGUUUUAUGUUACAAUCUAAGGAGGUCCUUGGGAUCUAUUUAAUAAAAACCCUAUAGAGCACAUUGCUGGAUGCAAAACAUGAUGUGGCCAUGGUUUCAAAAA